GCCGACUCCGAAAAGUGCAUUUCGAAGUCGGUUGUAUUUUUUGUUAAAAAUUAUUUUUUAAAACAAAGGCUAAAAAUUUUCUGGAACAGUACCCCCACUAAUUUUAGCUACGAGCCGCCACUGUACAUACAUGCUGUACAUAUUUAUAAAUGUAUGUUUUUGAGCAUUGCCUAGGUAACGCGUCAUCAUGGCAGUUAUUGAAAUUUUUUCAACUUCUGUUCAUUAUAAAUACAAAAGUAAACUAUGUUCUCUUAGUUUCUUAAUUGUACUGUUUAUCACAAUUUUAUCGUUGCUUACACCAUUUUUUAUCAUCUACAAUGCAGGAGGCUUCUCAUUAAAAAAUCGCGUAUACAUAGAAAGACCGGAUGUAUUAUUUAAUUAUAAAUAUUUAUUAUUAGUAGACAGAGGCUACAAUGUUAGUCCCAUAGUUUGUUCGACUUUUACAACAUACAAAGAUAAUAAAAUUACAGAUGACUGCAUACUAGUGAAGGUUCAAGAAAUAGAUACAAAUACUGAUGGUAAAAAGGAUAUUUUAAAAUUAGAGGCUCAUUUUUAUACAAACGUACCUGUUAGAUCUUGUAAGCUUUUACUCUUUUUUAAUUUUCGAUUAAAGCAAUUGUUUGAAGUAACGAUUGAGUCUAUUACACUUUUUGCUCAUGUGUUGGAUGAAGAAGUACAGAAAGUACAGUUCUAUGGAGACUUAAUGCUACAGCAAAAGGGCCUUCUUACCAAUGAAGGUUUAUAUGAAACUUACAAUCAGAGCAUAGAAAUGGCUCAUUAUUCAUUAGCAGAGUUACUUUUGCAAAGUGCUAAUAGAAAAUUUGCAGCUAAAAUAAACAACGAAUAUGUAACAAAGCAAGUAGGUCGUUCCAGUGAAAACACAGUAGUUGUUUGCGCAGAAAUAAUCUAUAGAGACAGUUUAAUUCAUUAUCAACCCAGUUUUUGGGAGGAAUUGAAAUGGGCAUGGGUUCAGUAUUUAUCCUGCCUUCUUGUUUUAGCUUACAUAGUGAAGCAUACGAUGGUUUUCUUAUUUUCAAAACGAUAUUUGAACAGUUACGUUGUAAUACCAUGGAGAGAAAAAUAAUAAAAAUUUUUAUACACUUAAAAUAAGACUUAUUUCAUUCAAUUCUCAAAAAUCAUGUCUACGAGAUCAAAGGAAAAGGUAGUCGCAGCAUUUCGGAAGUUUUUCCGAUCCUCCGAGAAAAUCUCGGAACAAGACGGAGCGAGUAGCUCGACGAGUUCACCAUCGAGGAAGCUUUUAAGUCGACACCAUCGUCCUGACGCAGUUACACCAGCUGAUGGUGCACUGUCGGAUAACCCGGGUGCCAGUAAUUCCAGUCAUGGGAGUUGUUUUUUCAAAUCAAAGAAAUCUUCCGGCAGCUCCGCUCAGGGAAUUAUUGCAGUUCCAGAUAAAAGGGUUCGUUUGCGUAGAUUGAUGAAGGAGCUCAGCGAAAUCCAGAGAACACAGCAUCGAUUGGAGUCAACCUUCACUGCAGAACUAGUCAAUGACAAUUUAUUUGAAUGGCACGUGAGACUGCAUAAAAUUGAUCCAGAAAGUGAACUAGCAGCUGACAUGAGAGAACUCAACAUACCUUAUAUACUUCUCCAUGUGGUGUUUCCAGAGAACUUUCCAUUCGCACCACCUUUUAUGCGUGUUAUUUCUCCGCGAAUCGAGAAAGGUUUUGUAAUGGAGGGUGGCGCUAUUUGUAUGGAACUUCUUACACCGAGGGGAUGGGCUAGUGCAUAUACCAUUGAAGCUGUCAUCACACAGUUUGCAGCUAGUAUCGUUAAGGGCCAGGGGCGUGUGGCAAGGAAAUCGAAGACGAACAAAGAAUUUAAUAGACGUUCUGCUGAAGAAUCCUUCAGGAGUCUUGUAAAAACUCAUGAAAAGUACGGUUGGGUUACGCCGCCACUAGCAGAGGGUUAAUCCUGCAAAUCACUCUAAUGAACGAAAGACUUGAUUGUUAUUUAAAAUAUCGCUGCGUGCUGAUUUCAAGAAUAAAUUUGACAAGUAACAUUGUUCUUCCUUUCUGAAGAAUCAUGCCAUUGUAUCACAGUUGUUAUUUACUGUGUAAGCAACUGAUUGUGCAAUAUUCAAGAAAGGAAUAAGAGGCGGUAGCGAAAUUUUGAAAAUCUGUUGAUUUGUUUGAAACAUUUACGGUAAAGAUUAUAGUUGUUUCAUUACUAUGACGUUAGUAAUUUAUUUGUCAGUUUUGUAACAAAUGGAUUAUUGUAAAGUUGCCAUGACAUUGUUAUGAAUAAUAAACACACCGUCAAUCAAA